UCUUGGGGUUGGAUGAAGCUCCGGAACGCUGAGCGCGAGGUUGCGGCCCGCGAGGGUGUGUGCUCACGCUACACCACUCCCGGCGAGAACUGCUGGCCGCUUCCGGCGCGCUGGAAGAAUGUGGUCGCAGUGCCGGGUGCUUCGGUCGCAGACUUUGGCCUUGGUACAGUCGCGGGGAACCCGGGCCUACGGCGGGGACGGGGGCGUCUCUUACACGCAGGGCCAGAGCCCCGAGACCCGCACACGCGAGUACUUUUACUACGUGGACCAUCAGGGCCAGGUGGGCCAGCCUGGGGCCACGCUUUUCCUGGAUGAUGCCAAAAUGAAGAAUUUCAUCACCUGUUUCAAAGACCUGCAGUUCCUGGUCACCUUCUUCUCCCGCCUGAGACCCAACCACAGCGGGCGCUACGAGACCUCCUUCCCCUUCCUCUCGCCCUGUGGGAGGGAGCGCAACUUCCUGCGCUGUGAGGACCGGCCGGUGGUCUUCACGCACCUGCUGGCCGUGGGCAGCGGGUCUCCGCGUCUCUCUUACUGCGGCGGCGGCGAGGCCCUGGCGGUGCCCUUCGAGCCGGCGCGCCUGCUGCCCCUGGCCACCAAUGGACGCCUGUACCAUCCAGCGCCGGAGCGCGCGGGCGGCGUGGGCCUGGUGCGCUCCGCGCUGGCCUUUGAGCUGAGCGCCUGCUUCGAGUAUGGGUCCGGCGCGCUCACGCUGCCCUCGCACGUGCAUUGGCAAGGCCACCGCAUCGCCCUCACUAUGGAUCUGGCCCCUCUGCUUCUGUCGGCUCAGCCUCCCUAAGCCACGGCUGGGGGGGGGGGCGGGAAGCGGCAGGACUCCAGCGUCCCCGUCCGCUCCCGAGGUAACCCGCCGCUCCCUCCGCUCUCCGGGCACUCUCUAGCGCCUGUAUCCACUUCUCCUACCCCGCGACCCGGCGCCCUAGUUACCGGCAGCCCACCGGCCGAGUGCGCGUGCGCGCUGCGGCGCCCUAGGCCCCGCCCCGGCUCUGUCCGUGGUGCUGCUGCGGCCCAGGAGUCCAGGUUCUCCCGUGCUCCCCGCCCCGGGCGUCCUCGGGAUUGGCCUGCGUCCGGGACGUCAAGCUUUGGCGGCGGGUGCAGGGGGUGUGGGGCUGAGGUGCGCGUGCGCGAACAUCCCCCACCCCCACCCCGCGGCCACUGCUCGGGCGGGGGCACGGCGGGGGAGCCGCUCGCCGCGGGAGCGCCAAGUGAGGGGCGCCCGGCCCAAGGUCAGAGGGCGUGAGCUGGGAUCGGGUACCCUCCCAGCGCGGGGUGGGGGACGCAGAAACCACGCCCUUCCUCAUUCCGGAGGGGUACUGACCUGUUCUGGAGGGGACCUUACUAGGAGGCGGUCGGGGAGUGGGGGGUCGAGGCAACGGGUCGCAGGGGUACGCGGGAGGGCUCGGCUCGCUCUUCGCCCGGGUGGAGGGGCGCAGGGUUUUCUUCACCUCGGUUUGGUCGGGCCCAGGGCAUAGGGACACCAGCGGAAGCGCGGACGCCCCGCCCCUGCUCAGCCGAAUUAGGAGCUUGUCCUGCGGUAAAAAGAUUCCCGGCUCCUCUCUUCUGGCGCCCUCAUUCCUGCCCCAGGGCCCUUCCACGCAGAGCUGCAUCUAGCCUCGAAGCAGCAGCGCCCUGAGUUCUGAGGAGGUGGCUUGGCGCCCUCAUCCCUGCCCCACGGCCCUUCGACGCUGAGCUAUCUCUAGCCUCGGGAGCAGCAGUGCCCUGCGUUCUGAGGUGGUGGCUGCGGAGAACCUUCACUACUUGGGGAGCCUUGGGGCUGGAGGCUGAGUGGGCCCGGGCCAGCCCUUUGUGGUCAGAGAAAAGGAUCCCAAGGGCCCAGAGAAUUCCUCCAGCUGCUUGGGUUUCACAACACAUCCUGAAACAUCUAGAAACUGCUCCUCCCUGGGCCAAAGCUAUUCUAUUAAAACUUUAUUGCUGUGCUUACCUCAUA